CGGAGGUGCCACUUGGCCUCUGAGGCAGCUGUAGGGCCCAGGCUGUCGUGUGGCCUCCCCGGGGCCUACCCCUGCCAGCAGCUAUCUCGCUGCUUGCCGCUUCCCCACGUUCCCUGUGGGUAGUGGGGCUCUCCCGCCCCGCCCGCCGCCUCAGGUGAGGGCCGCUCCUGGCCCGGCCCGGCCGGUCGCUCUCCGUCCCCCUGCGGCGCUGUCAGCGGCAGAGAGGCCCCGGGCUCGCGGGGGUGAGGCUCGGGGCAGGUAGCCAUGGCCGAGAGCCCCUCCUGGGACCUCGGCGUUUGCACGGGUUGAGGCGUGAAGAGCGAGGUGGGACGGGAGCUGUUGAAUUUCACUUUAAGGAGCCGGCCAGAGAGCAGCGAAAUGGAUGACUUCCUCUCCAUCUGCCUGCUGUCCCUGGCCAUGCUGAUCGCCUGUUAUGUGGCAGGGAUUAUUCCCCUGGCCGUGAACUUCUCGGAGGAGAGGUUAAAGUUGGUGACUGUUUUGGGUGCCGGGCUGCUGUGCGGGACUGCCUUGGCUGUCAUUGUGCCAGAAGGAGUACAUGCACUUUAUGAAGACAUUUUGGAGGGGAAGCAUCACCCAGCAAGUGAGAUGCAGCAUGUGAUGGAGUCUGAGAAGGUCGCGGAAAUCGCUGUUGUACACGAGUAUGGCCAUGACCAUUCCAGGUUGCACGCGUACAUUGGUGUUUCCCUUGUCCUUGGCUUUGUCUUCAUGCUUCUGGUGGACCAGAUAGGCAGCUCUCACGUGCACUCUACAGAUGAUCCAGAAGCUGCUAGAUCAGGCAAUUCCAAAAUCACCACAACGCUGGGAUUAGUGGUCCAUGCUGCAGCUGAUGGUGUUGCAUUGGGUGCAGCAGCUUCUACUUCUCAGACUAGUGUCCAGUUGAUAGUGUUCGUUGCAAUUAUGCUGCACAAGGCACCAGCUGCCUUUGGCCUGGUUUCCUUCCUGAUGCAUGCUGGGCUGGAACGGAAUCGAAUUAGAAAACACUUGCUGGUCUUUGCAUUGGCAGCACCUGUUAUGUCCAUGGUGACAUACUUAGGGCUAAGCAAGAGCAGCAAAGAAGCCCUUUCAGAAGUCAAUGCCACCGGAGUUGCUAUGCUUUUUUCUGCUGGGACCUUUCUUUAUGUUGCCACAGUUCAUGUCCUCCCGGAAGUAGGAGGCAUUGCGCAUAGCCACAGACCUGAAUCAACUGGAGGAAAAGGACUCAGCCGUCUGGAGGUGGCAGCCCUGGUCUUAGGAUGCCUUAUUCCUCUAGUUUUGUCCAUUGGACACCAUCACUAAAAGCUCGAAUUUCACCAGUCUUUUCCUCGAUCUGACAUGAGCAGCAAAUGUCGGCUGCUCCCUUUAUCAUUGUCUGUCUUAUCCAUCAUCCAUCCCAUCUUCUUUAUGGAGUUCAGAGGGAACCUUGAUUGCAAAAUGAGGAAUACUGGGAAAAUUUUUAGUAUAGCAAAAGGUACUUUGGCAGCCGGACAUAAGUUCUAUGUAACUUUUCUGAAGACGUUUGCUAUUUUAGUUGUUACUUAUGGCCCUAUUCUCAGGGAAGAUGGAAUUUGGAGUUUAAGAAAGGCGAGUGGGGAAGAACGUAGUGACUCAUCGUGAAAUUGCAAUCACCAAAGCAUCCUGCAAUUGAACUUUCACAGCUGAGAAGAAACACAAAGAAUGGCUGCCUUUUAAGAGGCUGAAGUCUUACUAAUGAAGAGGACUCUCCCUCGUUGAAUCCAUGUUGUCUUGACAAUGCGAAUGGUUCUUGUCAUGUUUGUCAUUAAUUGUUAUAACGGUGGGCUGUGCUCAGAAUUCUGGACAAUGGUGCUGUUGUAAAAGGUGUCGUUGAUAGGAAAGAAGUACUGUAGAGAAGGUGUAAUGUUAGAGCAGGAAAUCAACAGGCUAAGAAUGAACAAAUUUUGCAGUAUAUUCAAUUAUUUAAGGUAAAGAUUAGAAGCAACGAGGGUAUCUGGUUGUUCAUACAAUUGUUAAUAAGUUUGAAACAGGCAAUAUUUUCUUCUGACAUGUAAAGCAUAGGAAUUUGGUUCUGUGAUUACAGUACUCCUACUUGGGAGAGAGAUCCGUAUUGUGCUUUGAAAUCAAGCUCUUCUGGACUCUGAGGAGUAGAAAUCUGAUGGAAAUAGCUAGUGAGGGACUAGAGAACUUUACUAGCUCACUUUCAAGAGUCUGAACCACUGACGUCAGUGGAGGCAUAUGUUGUUUUCUUUUUGUUGUUUUUUUUCCAUUAAAUAAAAUAUACUAAGGCUAACAUAAUAAGAUCUAUAAGUAAAUAUUUAUGUUACAGGGAGUACAAAGUGUUUCUAAAGCAGUACUAAACAAACAAAAAGAACAAACAGACAGGCAAAACCUGGUGGGUUUUCAGUGGUCCUGUUAGGCGUUUUGCUUUUCCUUUGGGAAUCUUGCAUUCACCUCUUACUGAUGAUCAUUAGUCUGGUGAAUCUACUUGAGGACUUUUUGCCAACUGCUGAUGCCUCUCGGUGCAAAUGGGUGCUAAAGAUCCAUCCCUUUCCAAGGCACAGCGUUUUCUUGUCAGGCACCUUUUAUCGUAUGCAAAUUAUAUUAUAAUUCAAUAACUGUAGUGCAUUGAAAAGCUGGGAAUGCUUGAUGUGCACAGACUCAACUCUUUAGGGGCAAACCUUUUAAUGCCGUACCCUUUUUAAGCUAUACUUCUUCUGCACUUUUUAAAGAUGACAUUGCCAAAUAGUUUUUUUAUAUGGAUUUUCAAGGCGUGAAAUAUCUUUCCUGAAGUGCUUAUUGUUUCAGUUUGAAUGACCAUCUCUUUCAUGCAGUUUAUUACUUAUACUACGCAGGCCAUUGUGCCUCUUCUUUACAUUUUGUCAUUUUCCUAUUUGUUUACUAGGUCAGUAAUGCGUAUGGCCUGGCUCUUGGAGUAGUGGUUGCUCUGUCUGUUGGCUUUGUAACAACCUAAGUGUGUUCUAUCCACAAGAUACUAUUUCGAAGAUAGAAUUGGUUUAUCGGGUCCAAACAAGCAUUUCUGACAUUUGACCUUCAAAAGUUGUUUUUUGUGAUUUACCACUAUGAAAUUAGUGAUGUAGAUGCGAUCUAUGUUCUUAAAGCAUUUCUCGCAAUGUAUGUGCGCAGCUACUAAUUUACUAGUGAAUUACCUGUUUAAAAAGUUCAGUGACAGAGGCUGCUGCAAAUGAUGUGAAUGAUAAUGCAGGGAUAUUUACAUCUGUCCUCACAGUGUUUUUCCUUAUUUCCCCUUCAUUACCUUCUUUCUUUAUAAUCUCGCUGUUUUACCGUUCUUAAUUCUUCCACAUAACUGAACUGUUUCCAGAAGCUGGAGAGCUUGCAAGAUCUGUAGCAAAUCAGGAAAUAACUCGAUGCAGUAACAGAUGCUUACAGGUUGUAGAACAGCAUUUCUAAAAGUGCAGACUAUCUGCCUGGAUAUACACGUUGAGUUUUUUUUCUCCCACUAGACCUGAAACAUUUCGUAGUGGGGGAGGGAGUUCUGUUGAAAACUGAUCCAAAGAGCAAAGUGUAAUGAGCCUGAUGAAUUCACAUGAGUGUUGAUUCCUGCUGGAUGAUGCUGACUUGAACCAGGCAGUGGGGAAUCUGUUCAAAUUUGCAGUGUUCUAGGAGAACCUUGAAUUUCUCUCAAAUGCUAGUCCAGCAGCCUUUACAUUGAAAACACUACAUCUGGAAUCCAAAUGACAAAUAGCAAAAAAAUAACUCUGCUGUUACUUUUUCUUUAUGUGGAGCCACAUUUUAUCAUCUGUCAUUUGCGCGUGCACCCAACUCCACUCGUUACGUGAGCAUCCUGACACUGCUUCCCUUUGGCCUCAUUUUGUGUGUAACAGUUCUGACGGUUUAGGGGCUGUGGAUAAUAUGUUUUAGGGAUCUGUGUGUGCUGACGAGGAUUUGUCAGGCAGUCUUGAAUGCUGAAGGUUACAUCAGAAGUGACUAAGCAUAGCAGGUGCCACUGGUUAAAAAGUCUGCUGUCUUUGCUUUUUCCGUAUCCCUCAGGUUGUGUUCCCAGUUUAUGUUGGGACAACCACUCGAUGAGUCAUGAACUAUUGGCCAAGUUACAGCAGUAGGUGAGGGAUGUUAUAUUAAAACACUGACAACUUAAAAUUGGCACAAAGAAGUCUGGUAACACGGUUUUCAUUUUGGCACUCAAGUGAUGUGAUUUUUUUCAUAUCUGUUUAGAAGUAGCAAAUGCUUUCUUUUUGCUGCCUCUGCUAUUUCUUGUGUUGAACUGUUAUUUUCAAUAACAGCUGAAGCUGCAGUGACUGAGGAAACUUCUGGUUAUGUCAUAGGGAGAAUAUGAAAUCGUAAAUGACUGAACCUUUUCAAAUUGUUAGUUCCACGUGGAAGAUUAUUUUCUUGAAGCAGAGUAUUUUAAUGAGUUAAAUGAAAUACCAUAUUUUAUUGUAUCCCUGUUCUUACCUAUCUUUCCAUCUGUCACAGUAAAUCAGUACUGCACGUAGUCAAGGCCAUCUGGUAUCAUUUUCUACUCCUCAGGGGACCUUGGUGCAAGCAAAUUCCUCUUUACACUCUCUGUAAUAGCCAUCUCUGCCUGUGUUUCUACUGUGAGGUAGGUGGCAGUAGGUUUAGCAGAUAACACUAACCAAGUGCCAGGCAUUUUCCCCCCCUUUUAUUCUGUAAAUCCCUCUAGGAAAUCUAUAAUCUUCUCAUCAACUGGGUGGGUUUUUUUUCUUUUUUUCUCCAGUUAAUGAUUUCUUAAUGGGCUGUAGAAACUGAAGUAAAGCUGUGCUUCUCUUCAUCUCAGUGUGUUCAGGUACUUUCCAUACUGUUCUAAUUAUUUUAUUGUUCACAGUAUUAAAAAAGGGAAAUAUGUUUUUCAGCACUUGAUGGUAGGUGCAGAAGCUGCUCUGUCAUUAACUUGUGUGAGGAUGUCACACCAAGAUAUGAGCUUUUGAUAAUUAUUCCCUGUGAUGUCAGUUGGCCGGGAGUUAAAUGCAAAAACCUGGUGUUGAAUUCUGGCUUCAAAGAACCAUUUCCAGGUGGAUUAUGCAAGAAGAAGUAUGUUAAGGAGACCCAGGAAAACUACUGUGUUUAUUCAGGAACUAGAUCAGAGUCUUCAAGGAGCUUUUGACAGUAACAGAUGUGUCUGUGUGGUUACCAGCUUUAUGCAGAAUAACAGAUGCUGUGGAAUAAAUGUAGCUACUGCUCUCUUCCUGUUCUGUGCUGCUUGGCAUGGGACUUGGGGGAAAGAGGACGUGAUUAUUCUUUAGGGGUGGGAGGAGAAGCAGUUGUGUUGUGGGGGGGAAAAUUUGAGUUUCAGAUUCCUGUUCACUUCAGACUACUUUAAAAAUAAUAAUAAUAAUAAAUCAUUUUUCUCUGAUUUUCUUACAUCUCUCAGCAGCUGUGGCUUUCCAGGGAAGAACAUGGCGUGGUCAUUGCUGUUUACCUGACUCCUUGUAUGGAACUGUAAUUUUAAUGUCUCUUUUUGUCAAACCAUUUGUACACAAAAUCAUUCCAUGAAUGGCUGCCUUAUAAUUUUUCCACUUUAAUUGUGAAUGGUUAUAAAAUAAUGUUGCAGUUUUCAAUUUGUUUUAUUAUAUUAAAUUUUUACUAGGUGCA